AUGUGUCCGUCAUUAGUGUCAUUACGUGAUUCGCAAGGAAAGGGAAGAUCUGACAUUAAAUUAUCAAUACACAACUUCGGAGUAUCGGAGGUGUUAGAGGAAAGACGGGACAAUCUCGAGGCAUUAUCGGAUUCCGUGGGUGCCUUACAAUGGAUGUCUCUGACCGAGGAGCUUACACUGUGGGCCCAGUACUUUGUACUCAGUCACUGUGGCUAG